ACACGCACUGACAUGGGUGGAUGAGCUGUGGGGCCCGAUGAUUGUGGGUCCCUGCUGACAUGGCAGCAUCAGAAGCCACUAUGUGCUAGGGUCAUAUGCCUGUUCUGAGGUGGCUUUGUGCCCCUCAAAGCAGGCAAACGUCUAAAAAAAACAUGAGCUAUGCCCCUUUGGCAUGGCUCUCAGUUCAUCCUCCUGCUCUCCAUCCCAUUCUUUUCUUCCGGUUCUCAUCAACACCAUGUGCUUCAACUCCCCCACCCUUUGCCCUCCUCUUCUUUAAAGAAAAGAAUCUUGCUUUACUGUGUGAGUGAGAGAGAGCACAUGCAAGUCCAAUCAUGGAGGUUCUUCUACUGGCAUUGCAUGUGACUCAAUCACUGCAAGCCACUCCCACCCCCUUCUUUGCCUCCACCUCUUCCCUUUCAAAUUCCCCAUAUAUCAACCACUCUCUUAACCCUCUUAAACCAAUGACACAAUGAGCACUUCCUCAGCUACUACGACUGCAACUUCUCGCUCUUGGUCUGUUAGUGAGGAUUCAUUGAGAAGGUAUGUAUCGUACGCAAGCGAGAGCUGCAUUCAGGAGCUGCUAUCUGCAUCAGACUCAAGCCGGGCCGAAGGUGGUGAUGGAUGGAAAGUGUUGGCAUUUGAAAAUGGUGUUGAGAUAUCGAAGCGGUGCUCAGGCUCACCGCAUGUCUUCCGUGGCAGGUGGCUGCUCCGUUCAGUCUCGCCGCAGCAGUUCAUCACCGUCGCCACUGCUAUUGACGCUGCUAAGCAAUGGGAUCCCGAUCUAGUGGAAGCCAAAUAUAUAAAGGACCUUAACGAUAAUCUCAGCAUUAUUCGCCUAAGGUUUGGUGAUGCCUCGAAACCACUCUUCAAGAACAGAGAAUUUAUAGUUUACGAGCGACGGGAGACAAUGGAUGAUGGAACUCUUGUGGUUGCUGUGGCAUCUCUACCGAAGGAGCUCGCUGCAGGAUUGCAGCCUAAGAAGAAUAAUUCCAUUAGAGGGCUAUUGCUGCAGUCUGGAUGGGUGGUUGAGAAGCUUGAGGAUGACUCCUGCAUGGUGACUUACGUCGUUCAGGAAACUACCUUGGUUGUUGGUCCUACAAUGCCUUCUUGAAGUUGUUGAUUUUGGAUGCCUGUAAUUCCAAUAUCAUUCUGCAGUACCGUGGUGCUCAAAUGCAAAGGCUGGAGAUGAUGGAGAGCAGAGUAAACUUCAACAUUCUUAUCCCAACUCAUACUGCCUGAGAACUUUGUCUUGCUGCAAACCCUACAAUCAAAAAUUUGCAUGUCAGAAAAAUCACCUAUUACAUGAACAAUGCAGGAAAUAAGACACGGACACCUUGUUACCUUACCUUUUCAAAAUUAUGCUCAACUUUCUUAGAGUGAAGAGUCAUGGAAACCUUAUUUUGCUUAAAAAGAAAAGAAAGAAAAAAAAAGGAAAGAGGGGGGGAGGCAUGGGGGUGUUUACAUAGGCCCAGAAGAUAAUACCUUUACAACUAGUCCAUUGAAACAAUAAACAAAACAUGUUCCAGUCCCACACUGCAUAUUCAAGACAAUUUGAAUGUUGGCAUGCAUAUUCUGAAAAGGAAUUUGGAUUCCUUGUUGCACAUUCCAGGCUGAUUUUCCAUUAUUCUAAGAUAACAGAAUUCACUGAAUUGGAAAGUGAAAAAGAAAUUCCAUCAAUACAAACCACCCUUGGGCAACCUUUGCCACUGGCUGAAUCAGUUUGCGUAUUUUGAUAAAAUACUACAGACGAGUUUCCCAGACCACUACAACAAUCAGACUCUAUGCCAGAAACUAAUAAAUCUUUAUACAACCAAUCUCAGGAAAUAAAGCUUUUCAAUAUAACGGUGGAAGGAAUAAUACAGAAAA